GAGAACCGGGGCGAAAGUAACACGGGACGAAAGUAACAAAGCGAUUUUCUCUGAGCCCUGACUACAUUUGCAUUUCAAGCUAUGACAGCGCUUUCAGCACGCAGCCAGUGACGGAGCCGCAAAAUAUCACGUGAUUUCAUCAUUGUUUCCCGCUGUUAUGUCCUGAAAGCUGUUUUCGAGUACGGUGCGCAGAUUUGCAUAUGAGUUGGCCAGAAGAUAUGGGUGCAAAUAUCCGAGUGGAUGGGAUGCCACCAAGAUGGCGGGAAAGGACUGGCUCACCUCCUUCCUUGAAAGGAACAACACCUUAGCUAUUCGUAGACCCCAAGCCACCAGCAUGUCCCGUUCCACUAGCUUCAACAGAACAAAUGUGUCCUCUUUUUUUAACAACCUAAAUUCAGUUCUUGCCCGCUACCUUUUUGAAGCAAAGGACAUUUGGAACGUGGAUGAAACAGGUACCACAACGGUCCAGGUGCCAGGUAAAAUUAUCGCCACCAAGGGGAAGCGCCAGGUCGGUGCAGUGACCUCUGGGGAAAGGGGGACAUUGGUCACCAUUGCCCUUGCUGUUAAUGCACAAGGCAGUUGCAUUCCCCCGUAUUUCAUUUUUCCCAGGAAGAAGUUCCAGGACCACUUUGUUAGGAAUGGUCCCAUCGGCUCUACUGGUUCUGCUAAUAGUUCAGGUUGGAUGCUGCAUGAUGUUGACUUUCUUUCCUUUCUUCAGCACUUUACCAGACACACCCGUGUGAACCUGGAGUCAAAGGUGCUGCUCCUCCUUGACAAUCACUGGUCACACCUUUCUGUGGCAGCAAUUGACUUUUGUCGGUCAAACGGCAUAGUCCUCCUAUCUUUCCCACCCCACUGCUCACAUCGUCUCCAGCCGCUCGACAGGAGUGUGUUCGGUCCACUGAAGCGAUAUGUUAACACAGCAGCAGAUCACUGGAUGAGAACACACCCUGGAAAAACGUUGACCAUAUACGACAUCCCAAUCCUAGUGGCCACAGCUCUGCCACGUGCAGCAACACCCAGCAACAUCAGAUCUGGCUUUGUGUGCACUGGCAUCUGUCCUUUCAACCCAGAUAUUUUUGAGGAGCAAGACUUUUCACCUGCAUAUGUCACAGACCGCCCAGUUCCAUGUGUAGGCCUACCAUGUGCUCCCACAGCACAUUCUAACACAGACCCAUACAGCCAGAGCCUAUUUGAGGGAGGACUGCUGCCAGAGUAUCCUGCUGGUUCAACUAGGGACACCUGUUUAGAGUCUGCCAUCCCUGACCACCCAGCUGUCUGUUCAGCUGUCCCUCCUGAAGAAAGGGGAAGAGGUAUGCUUGAGGUAAGACAUACUAGUCCAUGUCUGUUCAUUCCAGAAGCUGUACGUCCCUUCCCCAAGGCUGGUCCGAGAAAGGACACAAAACGGAGAGGCAAAAGGAGGUCAACGGCGAUCCUCACUGACUCUCCGGUGAGGGCAGCACUGGAGGAGGAGCAACAGAAGAGGAUCCAGAAGAAGAAGAAGCCGCCUGCUCCAAAGAAAAGGUUCCUCACGGUCGAAAACACUGCACCCACAGUUUCCUCGGACAAGGAUGAGGAAUGUCUUGUGUGUGAGGAAACAUUCAGCUCAUCCUUGCCUGGGGAAGUGUGGGUUCAGUGUCUCUUUUGCCAGCUCUGGUCACAUGAAGCAUGCACUGAGGGUGCAGAACAUUAUAUCUGUCACCACUGUGACAAUGAGUAGGCUGAUGCCUUUUUUAUGUUCCUUUUUGUUUGUUUACAUAAGUCAGGUUUCCAUCAAAGUUAUGGUGGCAUUCCUUUGCUGUUUUUGUUUCUAGGUUUCACUAGAGGAACAUUGAGGAACAGCUGAUUUCGGUAUGUCACCCUCACAUUUUAUCCCUCACAUUUAGGUUAGCCAUACCUUAGCUUUUCCACCUCCACCUAUGAAUUUUUAUUUAUUUUAUUUUAUUUAUUUUUAGUGUUUCCAUCCAGAUG